UCUUUUUGGCGUUUCUUGUGCAUUUUUUACAUAUUUUAAUUGCAGUUGAAUUGGUGCUAAUUGUCGAAUAAUUUCUCUGUGAUGUUGUCAGUGGUCUAUAAUUGAGUAAUGGAUGAAAAGGAGGUCUCAGAUUCGUUCUUUGUUAUAUCUGAGGAGAAUAAUGAUAGCUUGUAUCCGAUGUUUUUUGGCGUUUCUUGUGCAUUCUUCGUGCUCAGACUCUUGCCAGAGCCUGAUAUAUGUGAUGAUAAAUGGUCAGAAAUAAGAAAUGGGAUACUUCAAGGAAGUGCUCACCUUCUGGGACUUCUUGUAUGGAGAGUUCAGAGAAAAGAAGUCGAGUCCGGGAAGUCCAAGCUUUUCCACAAACUCAAGAAUGCUGAAAAAGAGAUCGAAGAAUUAAAGAAAAUACGAAGUGAAGAUGCAAAAGCUAAUGAGAAAGUUGUCAGCAUAUUUGCAGCCCAAGAACAGACUUGGUUCAAUGAGAGAAGGAAACUUAGACAGCAAAUUGGUUCUCUUGUGAAUGAAUUGAGAGUACUUGAGACGAAGAUGGAUAAAACUAUUUCUGAAUUAAAUGGAAAAUUGCAAGAGAACAAAGUUUUGAUGCAGUCGAAGGAUAAUUCUGUUGAGGAAGAGGAGAUUAGGAGAAGGGAAUUAGAGGAAAAACUGAAGAAGGCUGAAAACCUGAUGGGGGAAUUGAGAGAAACUGCCAAGCGGGAAGCUCAACGGCACACAAAUGAGAUCUCAAAGCACAAGACUGCAUUCAUCGAGCUUGUAUCAAACCAGCGACAGCUUGAAGCAGAGAUGGGACGGGCUCUUAGGCAAGUUGUAGCAGCAAAACAAGAGCUUGAUUCAGUACUCGAGCAGAAGGAGCAGUAUAUUUUGAUGACUCAAAAGUUAUCUUUGGAGCUUGUGAAAAUGCAAAAGGAAUUGGAACAGAAAGACCAGAUUUUGUCAGCUAUGCUCAGGAAAUCCAAAUUGGAUACAGCAGAGAAACAAAUACUUUUACACGAAGUAAAAUUGUCGAAAUCCGGAAGAAAGCAACUUGAGCUAGAAACAGAAAGGUGGAAGGCAGUUUCUGAGUCAAGGCAUGAAAGAGAUUCCUUAAGAAAUAUGUUAUCUAAGCAUGUAAAUUCGAAGUUGGAUAUACAUGAUUCAGGUGGCAAAGGGGCACACUCAAGAGCAACAAGGCUAUUGGACAUUGGAAAACUCCAGUCAGAGAAAACUGACUUUCUUUCCAAGUACAACCAGCCUAAGUUUAGGAAAGGGCCGGCAGCAUUUUCUCCUCUAUUCGACCCA